UCAGACCUGCUGCAGCCUGAGGCCGGAGGGCGGCGGCGCCGCUGCUUCAGGUUCUGGUGCCACUGCUCGUAGUGUGAACACGCGGCUUCAGGUUCAGGUUUGAUGAGACUCGACGCCAUGUACAGCUGCUGUGCUCAUUCUGCAGCUGGCGUCCGGCCAGCUCUCUGUUUACUGCUGCUUCCCUGGAAUCGCUGGCGUUUAACACACCCACAUGUCAGAGGCAGAGCGGACAUGACACACAUGGAUGAACCAUGAAGCUGGAUGAAGCCCUGACACCAUGAACCAACGCCUGCAAACGACGGCUGGCGGCAUCAGCAGAAACGUCACUGUGACCAUGGAGAUACUGUCCUUGUGCUUCCAUGACGACGAUGAGUUCAAGUACCGCGCCUACACCGUCACAUACCUGCUGGUGUUCCCGGUGGCGUUUCUGUGCAACGUCGCCGCCCUGGUGGUCUUCUUCAGGCAGCGCAGACGCAGAACCUCGGCCUCCUGCGUGGUGAUGAUGAACCUGGCUCUGUCCGACGGCAGCUUCUCGCUCACGCUGCCGCUGCGUCUGAACUACUACUUCAGGGACGCCGCGUGGGACCUCCCAGACUGGCUGUGCCGACUGUGCGUCUACGGCUUCUACGUCAACCUGUACACCAGCAUCCUCUUCCUCACUUUACUGAGCGUGCUCCGUUGGCUCGCCGUCUGCCGGCCGUACCGCCACCGCACGCUGGCCACCACCACACGGGUGCUACUGGUCUGUGUGGGAAUAUGGGUGUUUGUGGGCGUGUCCUCCAUGCCCUUCCUGUCACAUGGGGUGACCAUGAGGGGGGACCGACCUCGUUGCUUCGAGCCGUCCAACUUCUCGUCGUGGGAGCGCGUCCGCAUCCUCAACUACGUGGCCGUGGUGCUCGGCUUCCUCGUCCCCUUCCUCACCAUCAUCAUCUGCUACAGCAAACUCAUCCACCGGCUCACGGCCACCGCGGACCCCGAGGUCAAAGCCCAGGCCGAGGCCCGGCAGGGCCGAGGGGCCCGAUGGGGCCGACAGAACCGACUGGACCAGCAGAACCGACCGGACCCACUGGACCAGCAGAGCCGACCGGACCGAGUGGACCAACAGAACCGACCGGACCAGCAGAACCGACCAGACCGACCGGACCGACCGGACCGACCCGACAGCCGGCGGCAGAGCAGGAGCGUGGCCAGAGAGAGCCGCCUGAACAACAAGCGGCGCUCGGUGCACAUGGUUACCAUGGUGACGGCCACCUUCCUGCUCUGCUUCCUGCCCUACCACGUGAUCCGCUCGCUGCACCUGCACGCCGUGUGCAGCGGCUGGAGCUGCGGCACCAUCGUGGCCCUGCAGCGAGCCGUGGUGGUGACGCUGUGCCUGGCGGCGUCCAACAGCGUGGUGGACCCGCUGCUCUACUACUACUCCACCAGGAGCUUCAGGGAGAACAUGCAGAACUCGCUGCUGUCCAGCAGGAGGGGCUCCUCCAGGCCCGACCUGGCGCUGGUGAAGAGGCGGAGCCUCCGCUGACAGACAGCAGCACCACGGGGGCGCUGAGGAGGGGCUCAGGGCCGGUGGACCGUGCGGUCCAUCAGAGUCCGGGUCUCAGGGCCUUUGUUUGGGUCCAGAUGUCCUGCAGGGCCACGGCUGAAGGUCCGCUGGUGGUCUGUUUGUCACAGACGGACACAAGACGGACACCUCUGAUUCACUGCUGUUCAAUGAGUCCAGACGGUCGUUUCCUGCUCAGUAACAGGAGCCUGUCGGGUUUCGCACUACCAACCUCAGCCGGUCCAGCAGACUGAGGCUUGGGUGAGGUGCGGUGCUGGAGUCCAGUCUGUGGGUCCAGACCCGCCUUCCUCUGCUGCCUUUGCUCCGUCCGUCAUUUGUUUACAUGUUUGUGUUUUUGGCAUUAAUUUCAGUCACGUACAGCGGAAGCGUCUGGAUGUGAAGCUCCGCAGGGAACGAGCGCUGCUCUCACGCUGCUCGCUUGCUGAGUUCUUAAAGAACCUGAGGAACGCGGCUCCAGCUCCCAUUAGAGGCUCGUAUUCAAGUGAUGAACCUGCAGCAGCAAAAAAAGAAAAACUUCUACAAUUCCAGUAAUUAGGAGAAGUACAAAACCACCGUUAUCCACAUGCAAUAAAUGAUAGUACUUUGAUUUUAAUCAGACGAUCAGUCAAAACACUGUUAUUAUUAAGUGCUGGAGCAUUUCUUCAGAUGUUGUUUGUCCUUAACAGGUUUUUUGACACAGACAUGAAUCCUCCUGCUUUGUUUUACAGCUCAGUGAUUUGAGUAAAGCGCUGUAAUUGAAGGCAGAUUUUAAUUAAUGUUGACUUCAUUCUGGACUUCAGGAUUCUCUUACAUAUUACUGAUCAUACAGAGGCUGGACGUGACACAGUGUGGGUGGAUUCAUGUGUGUCUAAAGCAGAUCAGACACCUUCCCUUGAUCUGAACCGAAAACAUCCUGGAAUCACACAAAUCAUAUGUUGUGCAGCCAUGGAUUCAGAUCAGCAGGUGGUUGAAACGUUAAAAGACUAUUAGUUUGAUAAAUGUGUUGGUUUUAAUUUUGCUUUCUGCUAAUGACGACGUUUUGCUGCUACUGGAAACUAAACUGUUCUGCUUUAUUCUAACUUAGACAAGAGUUACAAUGUAUAGAAAUUAGAAAAGUCAACGUCAAAAUGAUUCAAAUGUAGAGACUUAAUUUAAAUAUAUGAAUGUAACAUC